AUGCUAAGGGGGGAUGGCAGCCCCCCGGGCGGCUACUUCCCGGAGCACGUGAAGGCGAUGACCAGCCUGCGCUGGCUGAAGCUGAACCGGGUGUUCAAGUCCAAGUUCAAGAACUGGGACGACGUCCUGCGCGUGGAUUACACCCGGAACGCUGAGACGGUGCUGCAGGAGGGCGGCCUCGCCGGCAAGGUCCGCAAAGAUGCCGAGAAGAAGGACCAGAUGAAGGCCGACCUCACGGCGCUCUUCCUGCCCCCCGGUGGGCGGCCGCAGCCGUGCCUCUCCCUCUGUUUCAAGGCGAUCGUGGCUCGUGCAAACAGCCUGAAGAACUCGGGAGUCCCCGAUGAUAUCUUUCAGCUGGACGACCUCUCGGUGCUGGACCUGAGCUACAACCAGCUGACGGAGUGUCCCCGGGAACUGGAGAACGCCAAGAACAUGCUGGUCCUCAACCUCGGCCACAACAGCAUCGAGACCAUCCCCAACCAGCUCUUCAUCAACCUGACGGACCUGCUCUACCUCGACCUGAGCAACAACAAGCUGGAGAGCCUCCCGCCGCAGAUGAGACGCCUGGUCCACCUCCAGACCCUGAUCCUCAACAACAACCCCCUCCUGCACGCGCAGCUCCGGCAGCUCCCGGCGAUGACAGCCCUGCAGACCCUCCACCUCCGGAACACCCAGCGCACGCAGAGCAACCUGCCCACUAGCCUGGAGGGCCUGGUCAACCUGGCAGACGUGGACCUGUCCUGCAACGACCUCAGUCGCGUCCCCGAGUGCCUCUACACCCUGGGCAGCCUGCGGCGCCUCAACCUCAGCAGCAACCAGAUCACAGAGUUGUCCCUCUGCAUCGACCAGUGGACCCAGCUGGAGACCCUCAACCUGUCCCGCAACCAGCUCACCUCCUUGCCUUCAGCCAUCUGCAAGCUGACCAAGCUGAAGAAGUUGUACCUGAACUCCAACAAGCUCGACUUUGAUGGGAUCCCCUCGGGCAUCGGCAAGCUCGCCAACCUUGAGGAGUUCAUGGCAGCCAACAACAACCUGGAGCUCAUCCCCGAGAGCCUGUGCAGGUGCUCCAAGCUGAGGAAGCUGGUGCUGAACAAGAACCGCCUGGUGACGCUGCCGGAGGCCGUCCACUUCCUGACAGACGUGGAGGAGAGCGGGGAGGUGAAGGUGCCAGACCUGAAGACGCGCCGCUGGGACCAGGGUCUGGAGAAGCCGCAGCUGGACUACUCGGAGUUCUUCAGUGAGGACGUGGGGCAGCUGCCUGGCCUCUGCGUCUGGCAGAUCGAGAACUUCGUGCCCACGCUGGUGGAUGAGGCUUUCCACGGCAAGUUCUACGAGGCCGACUGCUACAUCGUGCUCAAGACCUUCCUGGAUGAGAAUGGCUCCCUUAGCUGGGAGAUCUACUACUGGAUCGGGCAGGAGGCCACGCUGGACAAGAAGGCCUGGCUCUUCGCCAAGAAUAUCAACAAUAACGAGCGGAAGGGCAAGGCGGAGAUCACGCUGCUCGCCCAGGGCCAGGAGACCCCCGACUUCUGGGAGGCGCUGGGGGGGCAGCCCGAGGAGAUCCGACCCUGCGUCCCCGAUGCCUUUCCCCUCCGCAGGUCGGAUGCGCCUCAGGUGGGGCUGGGCCUGGGCUACCUGGAGCUGCCCCAGAUCAACUACAAGCUCUCGGUGGAGCACAAGAAGAGGCUGAAGGCUGAUCUGAUGCCGGAGAUGCGCCUGCUGCAGAGCCUGCUGGACACCAAGAGCGUGUACAUCCUGGACUGCUGGUCCGACGUCUUCAUCUGGAUCGGGAGGAAGUCGCCGCGGCUGGUGCGGGCGGCAGCGCUGAAGCUGAGCCAGGAGCUGUGCGGCAUGCUGCACCGGCCCAAGCACGCCAUGGUCACCAGGAACCUGGAGGGCACCGAGUGCCAGGUGUUCAAGUCCAAGUUCAAGAACUGGGACGACGUCCUGCGCGUGGAUUACACCCGGAACGCUGAGACGGUGCUGCAGGAGGGUGGCCUCACCGGCAAGGUCCGCAAAGAUGCCGAGAAGAAGGACCAGAUGAAGGCCGACCUCACGGCGCUCUUCCUGCCCCGCCAGCCCCCCAUGCCCCUGAGCGAGGCGGGGCAGCUGGUGGGGGAGGGGGACGCGGACCUGGUGCCCUUUGAGAGCACGGACAACCAGGGCAUCGUCUACACCUGGGUGGGCCGGGCGGCUGACCCCGACGAGGCCAAGCUGGCCGAGGACAUCAUGAACCAGAUGUUUGAUGACUCCUACAGCAAGCAGGUGAUCAACGAGGGAGAAGAGCCCGAAAACUUCUUCUGGGUGGGCAUCGGGAGCCAGAAGCCCUACGAUGAAGACGCCGACUACAUGAAGCACGCCCGGCUCUUCAGGUGGGUCCUGGCCCAGGCAGGGCUGCUCCACUCUGUGCCCUUUGAGAGCACGGACAACCAGGGCAUCGUCUACACCUGGGUGGGCCGGGCGGCUGACCCCGACGAGGCCAAGCUGGCCGAGGACAUCAUGAACCAGAUGUUUGAUGACUCCUACAGCAAGCAGGUGAUCAACGAGGGAGAAGAGCCCGAAAACUUCUUCUGGGUGGGCAUCGGGAGCCAGAAGCCCUACGAUGAAGACGCCGACUACAUGAAGCACGCCCGGCUCUUCAGGUGCUCCAACGAGAAGGGCUAUUUCUCCGUCUCGGAGAAGUGCUCCGAUUUCUGCCAGGACGACCUGGCUGACGACGACAUCAUGCUGCUGGACAACGGGCGGGAG